CCCAUACACUACCAUUUCUGUAUGUUUAUGUGUGUGUGGUGCAACAAAUUUAAAGUAGGAGAGAGAAACCCACCUCAACAAACAAACACUAUUUCUCAUACACCACUGAUGACUGAUAGCUACCCCCUUUCUAUUUUCUAGUAAGAGAAACUCUCCAUUUUCUUUUCAUUUUUAGAGAGAGAAGUACAAAUUAAUAAUACAUAAUUACCCCCAUUAAAAUCAAUAUAUAGCUUGCAUUUGUGUUAUUGCACUAGCUAUCUAGUUUUCUCUUUCUUAAUCAGAUCAGUUUUUAUUUUUUAUUUUUUAUUUUUUAUUUUUUAUUUUUUAUUUUUUAUUUUUUAUUUUUUAUUUUUUAUUUUAAUUUCUGCACCCACAAAAUAAAAUAACUAACAAAAACCAUGAGGAUUAGGAAUAGAAAGGUGCCUUUGCCACUUUCCCUUCUUUCGCCGGUACCUCUAUCAGAUCCCCACCUUUACAGCCGGUCACCGGUCAUGCCAGUGCAAGAUGUUGCAACUUAUUCACCCGAGCCUCCGCCGUCGCCCAAUGAUUUGACAACUCCUACGUCGUGGCCUUCUUCCGAUCUACACCAACACCGCGGUCUUGACAACAACACUAACGUUGGUGCUACUCGAUUUGAAGAUGGUGAACAAGUACAAAUUUUAAGCCCAGCUCCAAUACUUCACCAACUCAGCGCUACGACAAGUGCAGCAGGUGCAUCAGAGAAUAAUAAUGGUCGACUUGUAUUUCUCUCCAAUAAUAAAGAUCGAGUAGGAAGGUGGUGCGAUGGAGAUAAAGCGAUUCCACUGAAGAAAAGGAGAGGGUUCGGGUUCAAUAAUACUAGCUUUGCUGAGAACUCGUCUACAAGAAUAACAACCGAUGAAGAUGAAGAUGAAGAUGAAGAUGAAGAUGAAGAUGAAGAUGAAGAUGAAGAUGAAGAUGACGACACAGCGACUACAGCGACAACCGAGAUGAUAAUAAUGAAGUGGAAUAACAUAAAUGAUGAUGAAGAAGAAAAACAAGCAGUGAAGGAUGACAAGGACGCAGUAGUAGCACCACCAGCACCAGCACCAGCACCAGCACCAGCACCAGCAACAACGACUGUGAAGAAGGGAAAUGCCAAAAGGGGCAACACUAUACUAGAAGGGUCAAGGUGCAGCCGUGUGAACGGUAGAGGGUGGAGAUGUUGUCAACCGACACUUGUGGGUUACUCCCUUUGCGAGCAUCAUUUAGGGAAGGGAAGAUUACGGAGCAUGAGUGCUAGUGCAAAAUCACGAUCCUCUAAGAAGAAGAGCAACUCUAUUACUAAAUUCGCGCUAGGCCGGGAUGAAGAGAGUGAUCAUACAGUAGAUGUAAGGGAGAAGAAACUUGAACGAAUGAACUCGUUUGGCAAUAAAAGGGUGAAACUUGGUGUUGUCAAAGCUCGAUCUCUAAGCAGUUUGUUGGGUCAGACGAAUGCCAUGAAGAAUAAUAAUAUUGUUGCAGAUAAUCAUGCAACUAUGCAGCAACAAGAAAAGAUUAGCAACUUGGAUUAUCAAUGAGAAAUCAUCACCCAUCAUGGAUUUCUGAAGACUGAAGACUGAAGACUGAAGACUGAAGACUGGAGGUUAGAGUUACAUUAUAAAACUUUAUACGACUACUAUAAACGGAACUUUAGUAGAACAAAAGAAAACAAUUUCGGAGGUAGUAUUAUGUUUUUCAACGUACGUACUACGGUGUACUACUUUGGUGCAACUCUAAAUCAUCAACAACGAAUUCAAUAUAUACUAUUAAUGUAGGUUUUAUGUGUUUUCUUAACUAGUUAAUGUUGCAUGUAAUUAUUGGUGAUUAGUGUAAUUUUAAGUUAUUUCAUAAACAUGUUUAGCGACAUAAGAGGAAAUAAAAUGGACGUUUUAAUGUUG